UUUUUAUACAGGUAGUUCGUCGAAAUCAGGAGAGUUCGUAUAAAUGUUGAGGCGAUUGUUGUUAGUACUUUAUUUAUUGUAAAGUCAUUGGGAGAAGAAUAACUCUGUGAAUUUUAAAGAAAUAUUUUUUUAAAAAGUAAUGAAGAUUCGUAUUAACAAAAUAUAGUUAUAUUAUUGUUGUGUUAGGUUAAAAUUUAUUGGUUUUGUGUUGUUUUUGUUAUUGUUUUACAGUGCAGUGAGUUAUUCUUAGUAAAUAAAUACCAAAAUGUUGUUGAGUGGGAUGAAAUAAUGUUAACAUCAAAAUAUAAAUGCAUACAGAAACAAAAGAACUGUUUCACUCAUGACUGUGCAGCUAGUGAAUGAAAACCAUGUUAAACACUUGGACCUGGAGAUAUUUGGAAAAACUGUUUCCCUUGUGGAAGUUCUUGAAGAAGUAUGAUGGAAAUACUGCAGUGUGCGAUGUUGUUGCUGGUAUAACAGUGGGACUUACUUUGAUACCUCAGUGUAUAGCGUAUGCCUCAUUGGCUGGUCUAGAUCCACAAUAUGGCCUGUAUUCCUCACUGUGCGGAGGCAUCAUUUACGCCGUCUUCGGCACCAUCCCUGAACUAAACAUAGCACCCACGGCCCUCUUGUCAUUACUCACCUACCAGUACACUCACAACGUCACUUUUGGCAACGUCAAAGCCGCCGUAAUGUUGACGUUUUUCGCCGGCAUUUUCGAACUCUUCAGCGGAAUCCUGCAUUUAGGUUUUUUGGUUGAUUUUGUAUCUUUACCUGUUGUAUCAGCUUUUACGUCCGCGGGGGCCAUUACUAUAGCGACGUCGCAAGUAAAAAACCUUUUUGGACUGAAAUUUACGGCAGAGAGUUUUGUGGAUGUGUGGAAACAAUUUUUUAUACAUAUUGGUGAAGUAAAACUGUGGGAUACGCUUCUAGGAUUUGUUUGUAUCACAAUUUUGCUUCUGAUGCGAAAAUUGAAAGACUAUGGAGUGCCUCCAAUUAAGACUACAAGUCCAGAAAAACAAGCUGCGACUUAUAAAAAAUGUAUUUGGUUCGUUUCAGUGGGAAGAAACGCAAUGGUGGUCAUUUCCUGUGCAGUUUUAGCCUUUAUUUUUAAGUAUCAUGACCAUAAACCUUUUGCACUUACCUCAAAAGUUCCUUCUGGGUUUCCCAAUAUUUCCAUACCUCUAAAGCCAGUGGAAACCAUCAAUGGUACCAAUGGUACUAGUAUACCUCAAAUGAUAUCAGAACUUGGAUACGGACUGGUUGUUAUACCGUUUGUUGCCAUUUUGGCGAAUGUGGGAAUAGCCAAAGCAUUCGCUCGUGGCAAUGUUGUUGACGCAUCACAAGAAAUGAUAGCAGUGGGACUAUGCAAUAUUUUUGGAUCAUUCUUUGGCUCGUAUCCAGUGAAUGCUUCCUUUUCCAGGGCGGCUGUUAGCAGUGCCAGUGGUGUUAGGACACCUGUAUCAGGAAUAUACACCGGUAUUAUGGUAAUAAUGGCAUUCACAUUUCUUACCCCAUAUUUCUCCUACAUUCCAAAAGCAACUCUAGCCGCUGUGAUAAUUUGUGCUGUUGUGUUUAUGGUAGAAAUCACAAUAGCAAAAUCCAUCUGGUAUAUAAACAAACUAGAUUUAAUACCAUUCAUAAUUACUUUUGUCUCUUGUUUGUUAAUUGGGAUUGAGCUUGGUAUAUUAAUUGGAAUUCUAGUUGAAAUAUGCAAACUAAUGUACUUCACAGCCAGACCAAAAAUCCUCACAUCUAAAAAGAUUACAGGAAACAAAACAUACUUGAAAAUGGUUUUAACAUCUUCAGUAUUUUUUUCAUCCGCUGAACAUAUAAGAGAAAAAAUCGUUCAGUACGCUACAAGUACCAAAUCCAACGUCAGUAUAGUUCUCGUAGAUUGUACUAAUGUUAUUUCUUUGGACUACACUGCUGGAAAGUGUUUUUCCUUGAUUGCUGACGACCUACAAAAGAAAGGAACAUCAGUAGCCUUUCUUGUAUCCCGUGACAGAAUUAUAAAGACUUUAGAAAAUUGCGGUAACAAGAAUUUCACAAUUUUUCAAACGGAAUAUGAUUUUGAGCAGAAUUUAAACGGGAAAAAUGAAGGACUACACAACGAUAUUGAAUCGGUAACUACACAGAUGUAACAUGUUCCUUGAUGACUCCAAACUACUAGGAUUUAUAAAAUAAGUCCUGUUUUAUUCAUUGUUUUUAUUUAUUAAACAAAUAAAGUGAUAUUAGAUGGAAAAAUAUGGAAUUUUAUUUUCGUGAAUCAGUUCAUAUAUGUUAAAAAAUGGUGUUAUGUGAGCAAUCAUGGGGAACAACUAUAUAUUUAAGGCUGAUUGACUUUGAAAAGGUUUACAUUAAGCUGAGAGAAGUCUUGUGUUCACGUGGGAUUUUGUUUGGAACGCCCAGUGUUGAAUCCUCCUCGCACAUAAAUACAGGGAGAUGACUUUCUCCUUGCCAAUAU